AAUAGUCAGUACCGCACUGUUGAGAUACCAAUUGAAUAUCCCUUAGCAACUCAAGUUGUCCCCCCUGAAUCUCCAUUAACCAAAGUCCAACAAUUGAAAUAUUUAAAAGUUCUUAAUCACUUGUUGACGUUAAAUGAUACAAACCAGUUUCAAAUCGAUGACAAAUCUUGGUUAACCAGAGAAUGUAUUUUAAGAUACCUCAGAGCCACCAAAUGGCUACCCAAUGACGCAAUUAAAAGAAUUAAAUCAACAAUCUCAUGGAGAAAAGAAUUUGGUAUCAGUAACCAAUUUGAUAAUCAAAAUGUUGUUAAUUUUGAUUUAUGCUCAAUUGAGAAUCAGACUGGUAAAGAAGUUAUUCUUGGUUUUGAUAAUAAUUUAAGACCCUGCUUAUACUUAAAACCUGGUAGACAAAAUACAAAGGCAAGUUUAAGACAGGUUCAACACUUGGUCUUGAUGUUGGAAAAAGUAAUUGAUUUCAUGCCUCCAGGACAAGACUCGUUAGCUUUGUUGAUUGAUUUCAAACCUUAUAAUGUUUUAUCAAAAGAGGAACAGUCCAAAUUGCCAAAGGUUCCCUCAAUUUCUAUUGGCAAACAAGUACUACAUAUUUUGCAGAACCAUUACCCAGAAAGAUUAGGCAAGGCUUUGUUGACCAAUAUGCCAUGGUAUGCCAAAACAUUUUUGAAUUUGAUCCAUCCAUUUAUAGAUCCAUUGACAAAGACCAAAUUGGUUUACAACGAGCCAUUUGUCAAUUAUGUCCCCACGGAAUUGUUGGAUAAGGAUUUUGGAGGAGAGAUUAAUUUCAUUUAUAAACACGAGGUUUAUUGGAAAAACCUAGUUGAAAUUUCCAAUAAGAAACGAUUGAAUUACAUUAACCGAUUCAAUAGAUUUGGGAGAUUCAUUGGGUUGAGUGAAUUUGAUUUAAGAGGUGAGCAUAAUAUAUUAAAGUACCCU